AUGUUUCUCAUGCCGGCGAAGGAAACAUUCUCAAACCUGCUGAUCAACCUAUCCCCAAACCCGACGAUGAACCAAACCCCGAACCCGCCGAUCAACCCCCUAUCAUCGAACCAACCGAUUAACCUCUCCCCGCCGAUCCACCUAUCCCGGAACCUGCCGAUCAAUCAAUCCCUGAACCCGCCGAUCAACCCCCUACACCUGAACCUGCCGAUCAACCCCCUACCCCAGAACCUGCCGAUCAACCCCCUACCCCUGAACCUGCCGAUCAACCCCCUACCCCAGAACCUGCCGAUCAACCCCCUACCCCAGAACCCGCCGAUCAACCUAUCCCCGCCGAUCAACCUCCAAUGCCGGAACCUGCCGAUCCACCUAUCCCCGCCGAUCCACCUAUCCCCGCCGAUCCACCUAUCCCCGCCGAUCCACCUAUCCCUGAACCCGCCGAUCAACCAAUCCCGGAACCCGCCGAACAAACUAUCCCUGAACCCGCCGAUCAACCUAUCCCUGAACCCGCCGAUCAACCUAUCCCGGAACCCGCCGAUCAACCUAUCCCUGAACCCGCCGAUCAACCAAUCCCGGAACCCGCCGAACAAACUAUCCCUGAACCCGCCGAUCAACCUAUCCCUGAACCCGCCGAUCAACCUAUCCCUGAACCCGCCGAUCAACCUAUCCCGGAACCCGCCGAUCAACCUAUCCCUGAACCUGCCGAUCAACCUAUCCCCGCCGAUCAACCUCCAAUGCCGGAACCUGCCGAUCCACCUAUCCCCGCCGAUCCACCUAUCCCCGCCGAUCCACCUAUCCCCGCCGAUCCACCUAUCCCGGAACCCGCCGAACAAUCUAUCCCUGAACCCGCCGAUCAACCAAUCUCGGAACCCGCCGAUCAACCCAUUCCCGCCGAACCAACCAUCCCCGCACCCGCCAAUGAAAACAUUCUCCCACCUUUCGUCCUACCUGUGCAAGCACCAAUCGCCCAACAUCGAGGACCAGCCGUAG